AUGGGCAUCCCCAAUCCCAACCUCGGAAAGAUGCAGAGCAUGUUCUACUUCGACGGGGAACUAAUCCCGGAGCCCGAGUACGAUCCCCGCCAGGUCAGCAACUGGGUGAACGUCUACAUCAAACCACGGGACUCCCAUUCUAACGACGAGACACUCAUGCGCACAGUCGCAGCUUACAUUCGAACGAACACUGCUUCGAUCUCCGCCCAUGCCAAGCAUCAUGAUCACCCACUAUGCGUCUCUAUCAAGGUGCCCGGAGAUUACCAUUCCAACAAGGCGUCUAUUCUCGCGGCGGCCGAGCUGCAGGCUGACUACUAUUGCCAGGAGAUUCGGAAUGGGAGAGUGCGGAUUAAUCGGGCUUUGCUUUUCAGGCCUCAUGCGCAACACCAGAGUUGA